AAACCACCAACACCCACACAACCCAACAACCCACACCCAACACCCCACACCCCACCCAACCACACCAAACAACACCCAACACACCACAACACCACCCACAACCCACACAACACACCACCCACACCACCCAAACCCACACCACACCCACAACACACCACACCCCAACCCCACAACACCACCCACCAACCCAACACACCACACAACACCCAACCACCCACACCCCAACAACCCCACCCACCACAACCACACAACAAACACCCACCCACCCCCACACCCAACCCAACACCCCAACCCACCCACCCCAACACACCCACCCAACCACCCACAACCCCCACC